CUAGGUGCAGUAGUUGGGCUUCUUGGACUUGUAGGCUUGCACCUUACCGCCUUGCCCAGCUGGACCGAAGAAACCGCCCUCCUCCGGCUGCACAUAUGCACAGGGAGAUGAUGGAUGUGAGUACACAGGCAUGCAUACGUGUUUGUAAGUAGACAGACAGACAGGCAGGCAGGCAGGCGGACAGUAAGUCACGCAGCAAUCCUCACCGUGCAUCGGCCGCCCCGGCAGAAGCAGUAGUAACCUGGUCGCAGACAGACAGACAUCAACCAAGAAAAAAACCGCUGCAUCUGCAUGUGUCACGUGCACCCUCGACUAACGCACCCGGCGCGGCCUUCCCACACAGAUUCCCACCCGCUGCAGGCAUGACCAACGCACGCAUAUCGACAACGAAUGUGUGUAUGGUAUGCAGCGCAAACUAGAUACAUAUUGACGGUUGAGAGCGUCUUCCUACCACUCUGCCAUUGACAUUCUCCGGGGUUGAAGUCAACACCCUCGAGCUGUGCGGACCCGCAGUAACAGCCUUACACAAGCAGACACACAGACACACACACACACAGACACACAGACACACAGACACACACACACACACACACAGAGAGAGAGAGAGAGAGAGUUGUGAAAAUAACGAAAAGGAUAGUGUCUGGUCUACGCACUUACUGCGCACUUACUGGGGAAGCGCGGGGUGUCUGAGAUGCGUGUGUGACUGAGUUCAGCGCGGCUGAGACGGAGGAAGCUGGCAGGCGUGCCGAGAGGAUUCAUGUCUGAAAACACACACAUAUACCAUCGACUCGAGAAACGCUAGCACUAUACCGUUUUUCUGGAGGGCCGACUCGAAGACGCUGAGGGAAAGAGGCACACAACAAGCCAGAUACAUGCAUGUUGAAAACGCUCGGAGGCCUGCACUACGAUGCUCCCCGCUCACAAAUUGUAGGUGGUGUAAGGACUCACUUUGAUGACUGGACACACACACACCGGUUGAGCCGACAUAGACCGGCAUAGACCAGGUUGCCCGACGAUGAGAGCUUCUUCAUGCCGGCAGGGCUGAGCUUCAUCUCGCACUUGUCUUCUUUGCAUGUGGUCUUGCCGUCCUUGCAUGAGAAGCUUAUCUCAUAAGGGGCCAUGUCGCCCAUGGUCUUGAGCAUCGCGAGCAGCCCUGCGUGUGCCUUGGUUUUCCCCCAGCUGUUACAGAUGGAGAUGGAUACUUCCUUGGCCCUCUGCUUGCCCGUCAACGUCUCUUCGAUCAGCUCACUGCCAUCGAAUAGACAAGGAGCACGUGUUUGGUGUCUGUGUGCUCAUGGUGUCUUGCCGACCGCGCAGCCGUUUGAAUCGGGUUGGCAUACUCCUGACGUGACGCAGAUGAGAGCAGGUACGCACAGACACAUGACCGCUCAAUCUUCCCUCCUAUGGCUCCAUGUCAUCGCUCACUGACAUGGCUGUCGACCAUGCCGCCUGCACACAAAACACAGACCUCUAGGUGUACUCGUGUCUUAUUGAUGGUGGUUGCCACUUGUUGGUCCGCCCACCUGGCAGAGCCCAGUCGCCGCUGUCAGCCCGCUUGAUCAGCAGAACCUGCACACACAGGCAAGAGAAGCCAGCAAGCGCAUCUGCAUCCCAGCAUUCCUUCCCUCUAUGUCUCAUUGCUGACGCUGACCUCAAGUGCCAUGUCCUUCGGGUUUCUCCGGAAGAGCUGCAUUCAUGUAUCGAUCGACCCGCUCGCAUGAAUGAGUGUGAUUGAAGCUCACGCAUAUCCCAUGUCCUUCACUCUGCUUGCUCACCAUGGCGUCGGCCGCGAAAUUCGGGCCCCACUUGCCUGUUCAGGCGAAUAACAGAAAGCCACGAGCAUCAGGCGCCCUCCGGUCCUGUCUUGUGUGUCGUUGAUUUGAUGCAUGACUCACCGAGGCCGCCGCGGCCAAUCACACCAGUGCAAUGGCGAGGAUUCACCUGAAACAGAGCGGAGACAGACACACGAAGCACCCUGUGCGUGUGUCUCGUCUUAGUCGGUCAGCUACCGGGUAUCCGACGGGGAAAUCGACGCUCUUGAUGUCGAGACCCACUCCUGGGGGCCAAAGGCGGCCCUUCAGGGUGAAGUCAGGCGCCAGCCCGGCGAUUGUCUGCAGACAACAACACACACGACCAAGUUGGUCUGCAUUAUCCCAUCAUAAGGCCACGGCAAAUAAAAAAAACAAGGCUUUCCGGCCGCUGGCUUUGUCCAACUCCAUUGGCGUGGUCUCCGUGAAGUUGUACAGCGAUGUGCAUGGCUUGACAUCCGGCGGCGCGUGGGGGCCACUUCCAACAGGGGUGAAGGUCACGCGACGCAGGGCCUCGCCCUUGCUGUUCUUCAGGUGUUCGUCGGGGUUUUUACCCGAGAAGACGUGCAGCAGCUGGUCCUUGGCCACAACGUCAUUGACCGAUGCAUCGCAGUAAGAGGGUGGAUGACCGAGCCACGCCAUGACCUGGCACUGGUCGUAGUAGCUGCAUACAUGAUCCACACACACACACACACACACAACAUGCUUGCAGGAUGUGAGCGAUUGUGUGGCCGGCUGGCUUACAUUGGCUUAGUGGGGUCGGGGGCGGGGAAUGUGCCGAGCUUUUGGCCUCUUUCCUUUGCUUUGGGAGCCACCUUGUCCUUCAUCAAUGCGUCGAAUCUCUUCUCUCUCUGGUUCAGCUGGUCCUUCGUCUUUACCCCCGUCAUUACCUGUCAUGGACAACAAGCAUUGCAAGUGGGACAAAGGUGAGUCGAAUUGUGUGCGACAUAGUGUGACAGCACCUUCCAGAAGCCCGUGUACACGAGUCCGGCCUGUUGGCCCUCCUUCAGUCCCGGAGGCAU